AUGUUGUUAGCUGAAGGAAAUCAGAGUGCUGGAGCCACACUCACCCUCUGGGGCUUCUCAGAAUAUCCAGACCUCCAGGGGCCCCUGUUCCUGGUGUUCCUGACCGUCUACACAGUCACUGUACUGGGGAACCUGGGCAUGAUCAUGACCAUCAGGAUCAGUCCUAAACUCCACACCCUCAUGUAUUUUUUUCUCAGUCACUCGUCCUUUGUUGAUUUCUGUUAUUCCACUACAGUUACACCCAAACUGUUGGAGAACUUGGUUGCGGAAGACAGAACCAUCACUUUCAUAGGAUGCAUAAUGCAAUUCUUCUUGGGUUGUAUAUUUGCAGUGGCAGAAACAUUCAUGUUGGCAGUGAUGGCCUAUGACCGAUUUGUGGCAGUUUGUAACCCUCUGCUCUACACAGUAGUCAUGUCCCCAAAGCUCUGUGCCUCAUUAGUGGCUGGGCCCUACACAUGGGGUAUAGUCUCUUCCCUGACACUCACAUAUUUUCUCCUUGCAUUAUCCUUCUGUGGGUCUAACAUCAUAAAUAAUUUUCUCUGUGAGCACUCGAUCAUCGUCUCUGUCUCCUGCUCUGACCCCUACAUCAGCCAAGUGCUCUGUUUUGUCAUCGCCAUGUUCAAUGAGGUGAGCAGCCUGGUAGUCAUCCUCACUACUUAUAUUUUCAUUUUUGUCACUGUCAUAAAAAUGCCUUCUGCUGGUGGACGCCAAAAAGCCUUCUCCACUUGUGCCUCCCACCUGACUGCCAUCACCAUUUUCCAUGGCACUGUCCUGUUCCUUUAUUGUGUACCCAACUCCACAAACUCAUGGCUCAUAGUCAAAGUAGGUUCUGUAUUUUAUACAGUGGCGAUUCCCAUGCUGAAUCCUCUGAUCUAUAGCCUCAGGAAUAAAGAUGUGAAGGAGAGUGCCAGAAAAUUAAUGAAUCACUCAGUACAAUUUUGUUCAAGAUUUGUAUUUCCAAGAGAAAUUUGA